CAAGACGACAAUAUCAGUUCAUUAUUGCUUUAGUCCAUUAUCACUCAAACACGAAAUUUCCAGAGGUUAGAGAUAGAUUUAUAUUGACGAAGCAUUUUGAAAUAUCAAAAACAAAAAUCAUAUCAUGAGUGAAUCAUCACGUAAUGAUACUACCUCUUUUGGAGAGCAAAAUUCAAAAUAUGAAGAGGUCAAAAUUCCAGUACCAUGGGGUCAUAUAAGUGGAAAAUGGUGGGGCCCUAAAAACAUUCAACCUAUCAUUACAUUGCAUGGGCGGCAGGAUAAUGCAGGGAGUUUUGAUUGCUUAAUCUCAAUGAUGAUGAUGAUACGCAAUGACAUCGCUUUUCUCUGCUUGGAUAUGCCUGGCCACGGCUUUUCUUCGCAUUUGUCCGUAGGACAAUACUAUUUUGUGUAUUGGGAUGGUGUUUUUAUGCUACGAAGAGUCGUCCAGCAUUUCCAGUGGAGCAAGAUAACUAUUAUUGGACAUUCCUUGGGCGGAGCUAUUGGUUUUCUCUAUGCUGCAUCAUUUCCUGAUGAGGUUGAAAUGUUAAUAAGUCUUGACAUCGCCAGCCCGACUAAUAGAAAUGUCAGUACUAUGGUUAAAACUACUAAAGAUGAUAUUGAUCGAUUUUUUAAGUAUGAACAGCUUAAAUUUGAUUCUGUACCUUCUUAUGGAUAUGAUCAAAUGAUUGAUAUUGUAUUGGAUGCAUACAAUGGAUCUAUCACUCGAAAAAGUGCUGAAAUUUUGAUGCGUAGAGGAAUGCAACCUGCAGAAGUACCUGGCAAAUAUUAUUUCUCACGAGAUCCACGAUUGAAAUCAUCAAUGCUAGGAAUGCUUUCAUUGGAUUUAACAUCAGAGUAUGCACGUCAAAUUAAAUGUGAUUAUUUAAAUAUUCGAGCAGUUCCAGGUCACAAAUUCGAUCAACCGGAACACUAUCAGCAAAUGAUGAACUUGAUAAAAAAAAAUGCACGACGAUUCGAAUAUCAUGAAGUUCCAGGGAGUCAUCAUGUACAUUUAAAUGAACCUGAGAAAGUAUCACCAAUUAUUUUAAACUUUUUAAAAUCCGGUUCCAUUUAGAAAAAUAUUCCUCCUUUAAAUAAAUUAGAUACAAAUUAUUUUAAUUAAAAUAGGUAGUUAAAUCAAAAAUAAAAACAUGUUCUUAUUUAAUUCAGAAAAAAACUCAGAAAUGGAAUGGUACCUAAUUUGAUGAAAGUAUUAUUGGUUUAUAUCUGAAUAUUUAUUAAUUUUAAUAGAUGAAAAUAGAUUUAUCUUCAUCUAUAGAUAUAUGAUAAACAAAAAAUGAACAAAUUUUAGAUCAUAAAAUACGAAAGGUUA